AUGGCCUAUCAUGACAUACUUUACAUCUUCACAUGUGUUAAGCCUGUGCGAAAUGUGCUACUUCAGAUGUUGCGCCCGUUCGACAUCGCUAACCUCCUCGCCGCCACUCACUCUGCACUGCACCCGGAAGAGAAGAAGGUGUAUAUGGACUAUCUAGACGACAUAUUUGACGAAAAACGAGAACUGAGCCGGCUGAAUGAACUGGGCUUGAAUGUCAUUCUAUUUGGGUCAGAUCUUCAUAUUCUUCAGGAGAGGCUUGAAGACCCAAGGGGCCAUCGGAAAAAAUUUGGAAAGGAUCACGACUUCCAUAUCUUUGCUAUCGUUUCAAAAGCUCCUUCUGCUCUUGACAAGAAUCCUACUCUGCACAUGCACUUGCAAACACAUCGAGGCCCCAAGAUCUCAGAAGACAUUACUUCGAACGAACUCAAUACGCAGUUUCCUACGUCAAUGGCAGAGGACAUUCGACUGCUGUCGAAAUGGAUGUUCUGUAAGCCUUAUAUGGCCGGAACACGACCUAUCAGAUUACCUGGUUGGAUUCCUAUUCUCAGUACAAGUAAGAAUAUCAAUUUGCGAGCAUACAUGUCAGCUGCCGACGAGCCUGACUCUAAGUGGUUUUACAUGGACCGCCUACUUAUGAGUCGGGUGUUUGGUGUUCGCGAGGGCAAGCUGUUACUUGGGAAAAUUGACGACCUUCAAACGCAGUGCCAUCUUCUAGGAAUCGAAAAUGGCAUAAAGAAAGACAUUUCUGGGGUGUUCGUUGUCAACAUUAUGUCAGAGAUCAUCAACUCAACUGUCCAGGAUUUAGAAGAUAGCGAGUAUUUCACGGUGGUUCAUGUAAUUCACUCUUCCAAUAUUGCGAUUCUCUUGCGAAUCCCAUUUGAAUUUUGCGGGUUUCGGGAAAUCGGUGAGUUAGUCAUGUGA